UGUCUAUAUUUCCGGUUCCGAUAUCUCAACACAUGCGAGACAACCUUGACUAGAACGACGUCAUUGCAGGAGAAUAAUACUAUCAUGGCAAGCUCAAUGCGAAAUUCAUUGUUGAAGUGUGCGGUCAGUUACAAUACAAGAUCACAGCUUCUGUCAGUGUUUGCAAAAUCAAAACCUAAGUUUUACGCGCACAUUUCUAAAGAUGCGUGUACUAGAAAUGUUGUAUCGAUGUCGUCAUCCAUGCUCAUGACGUUGAGACGAAAUGAUCAGAUGUGCCGAGUACACAGAAUUGAACAUACAGCAAAAGUGCACACAGAACUUGAUGCAAAAUUAAGUGAAUUCAUCAAAGAUGAACUCUCAAAAGAAAAAGAGUCAGGUGGAGAGUUAAAGGCAAAUGGAGUUGAAGGCUGGAAAGUGGAGACAGAUGGAACUGGGGUGAUCUUAACGAAGUCAUUCAAGGAUGAAAGCAUAAAGGUGGAGUUUGAUGUGAACGACACUGUUGAUCAGUACCCUGAGGGGCUGUAUGAUGACCCUCAACAGGCUGAGGCAGAGUCUCCUGCAUUGGUGUCCAAGCCACCAUUUGAAGUUGAGAUCAAAAAAAAGUCUGGCCGUACAUUAACAUUUAUGUGUGAGUUCAGAGAGCAGGAGAUGGAAGGACAACCAGAGGAGGAGGAAGGCGUUGAAGAUCAGUUUGACAUAGUUGAAAUGCGGGUAGAUCAACCCUCUGAUGGAGUCACCAAGGAGAACUUCUACUCUCACAGUACAUCAUUUAUGGAGGGGGAGCUGUAUGAUAUGCUGAUGGACAUGCUGGAUGAACGAGGCAUUGACAACAAGUUCAUCAACAACCUGGUGAACUUUGCGAGUGCCCACCAGCAUCAGCUCUACAUCACCUUUCUGAACAAGGUGCAUUCCUUCGUCAAGGAAAAAUGAGCUCCAUAUGCUGCAUAAGCUACAGUGAACAUCCAGCCCAGCAUGCUGUGCCCACUACUGACAGGACUUCUGUUGAUUCUGAGUAGCCAAGUGAUUCAAGAAACUUGUAGAUUCAAUAGCAGAUUCAUUUGUAUGAUUUUACAAGGAAAUAAAUGUUGUCAGUUCUA